AGGAAGUGGAGUCCUUGUGGUCAUGAUUUUUAUGCAAGCUUGAUUAUCUGUAAGGUCUGUGGCUGUGCGUAGCUGUGGAGGCAGUUGUAGCAGACAAAGUCUCUGACAAGAAGAUUUUAAGGAAUCAAGGAAAGCUGAACGUUUGACUGUUAGUAAAAUCGGUGGUGCAGGGAGCAUAGAGCUAUGAUUAGACUUGGAUAUUUGGAAUUUAUUCUUCCAUCAGUCACAAAACUACAAAAACAGAGGAAAAACAUUAUUGUUUAACCCCAGAUGAUACCAGGAAAAAUCUGGGUAGCAGCUAGAAAAGAAAAACUCUUCAGCUGGACUAGGAUAUAAAGUGUACAUUGUUUUGGAUAUAACGUUAUAAAGCAUCUGUGCUUCUUUCUGCUUUGAAUUAACUGGAGUGCACAACAUCUUCCAACAGAUUCUCAGAGAAUGAAAGACAGCUGAAAAAGGACAAAGACAGAAAUAGUACCAACUGUCUGGACACUGUCUUCACAGUUUAUAAACAUACAGGAAAAAUGGAAAUUGAAAUGCCUCUUUGUGACUCUCAGGAUACCAAACUGAUGACUUUGACAGAUGCAGAAGACAAUCAUGGUGAUUAUUUUUCUGUAGUCUCCUCUCAUGAUGGACUAAAAUCCAGAAAUGAAUCACUGGAUAGUGAUGUUGCAAAUGAAAUCAGAUAUCUUGAUGAGGUUCUAGAAGAAAGCGGACGCGAUUCUGGUUUGGAGAACAAUAUCAAUGGAUCCUCUUCUCCAGAGCCAAGUACAAUAACUGUAGAUGGGUCAAGUCCAUCUGUCUCAGUUUCUGAUGAUGUAACAACUACAGAUGAGAUAGUAAUAGCUACAAGUGAAACAUAUACAUCUUUCAGAGAAACCCAUGGUAGCGAGGAAGAUAAUCAGCAGCUGAGCUCCAGUGAUCUUUCAGAAAUGUUAACAGAAGAACCUUACAGAUACAUAUCAACCCCUGAAAGUCCACGUUCUUCAGCAAGUUCCAGAAGAUCAUCUAAAGAUGGUGAGAUGCCAUUAAUCACAAUUAAAAAAGAAGCCAAAUUUGAGCUCCGUGCUUUCCAUGAGGACAAGAAGCCAGCUAAGUUGUUUGAUGAUGAUGGUAAAAAAGAAGUCCGAGUUAGGAAAAUCAGACCAUCUGAAGAAGUCAUUGAACUUGAGAGGGAGAGGAGAGAGCUCAUUAAAAGCCAGGCUGUGAAGAAAAAUCCUGGCAUAACAUCCAAGUGGUGGAAUCCACCAAAAGAGAAAUCAAUUGAGGAAGAACUAGAUGAGCAGAAUUUAGAAUCCCACAGAAAAUACAAGGAGCGGAAACAAAAACAAAGAGAGCUGGGUGGGGUACCAGUGACACCAAGUGAACCAAAAGAGACGGCCUAUACUUGUGAAACACAGGAACCAGUGAACAUGAAGAAAGAUGACAUUGUUACAGAACAGAUUGAUUUUUCAGCUGCUCGGAAACAGUUCUUACAGAUAGAAAACUCAUCUCAGUCCAACAACUCAGCUGCUCAAAGAAGAUCCAUAACACCCAAACUAUUUUCUGCAAAACCAUUCUUAAAAGCAAGUGAUACACUAAAGGGAGAUAGGUCUGUAGCAUCAGUCUUAGACUCUACAGUUGUCAUGCAGUCAGAGCCGAAUGAAGUAACAGUUGUGAAGGCUGAAAGGGUAGCCUGCAUUUCAGAUGACCACCAAGCAAGCCAAGAGGGUGUUACAUCAGACCAAGUGAAUGAACUGUCAUAUAUCACAGUUGAAAACUUAAAACAGCAACAAUCCCCUACGUCUUGCAUGCACGAUGAUGACUUUACAAGUGCAACUGCAGUCUUCACUGUCUUAAAAGAAGACGAUCAUGACAUUUCUGAACAUCUCACAAAGCCUAUUCAUGUAUCUUUCCACACAGAGGAACUAGAUUCUGGCUUGGAUGAGCUCUCCCUGAGAUCCCAGGAUACUGCAGUACUGGAGACCCUGUCCAAUGACUUCAGUAUGGAUAACAUUAGUGACAGUGGUGCUUCAAAUGACACUAUGAAUGCUUUCCAUGACAGUUCCCUAGGAGACUUUUCACAACCACAAACUCCACACACUGAUGUUUCCAGUGACCAUGGAAUAGAUGGGAUGUCAAAAUCAUUUAGUGAUCAUGGUUUUUACCCUUUCCAUUCUGUCAGUCCAGAAAGAGAUUUAUCUGAUGAGCAACUGGAAUAUCAUGCAGGUAUUUUGGUUCAGAAUGCCAUUAAGCAAGCUAUUGCAGAACAGACAGGCACAGAUGACUCUGACAAUCAUGAGUAUUUGCAAGAACUUAAAAAUUCAGAAGAGCAAAAGGAACAAUCAAGGGCUUUGUCUCCAGUUGCUAAGCAAUCCUCACCAUUUGAGCCACCUCAAGUGUCUUCUCCAGUACAGGAAACUAGAGAUGUCAUUCCAAAGACCUCAGUGGAGAGGAGCCUUGAGCUUGAAGCUAUGGGCCGUGAGCGGCACACAUCUCCAGUACCUGAUGCCAUCCAGUCAAGUCCAACAGAGUCUCCCAAACAAGAGUUCAGCUACUUCAGCAAGUACUCUGAAGCCGCAGAACUAAGGAGCACUGCUUCUGUCAUAGCAGCACAAGAGACUGAGGUUGCUAUGGGACCAUUUAGGUUACGGUCAAAGAAGCAAAGGACAUUGUCCAUGAUUGAAGAGGAGAUUAGAGCAGCCCAAGAAAGGGAAGAAGAGCUCAAGAAACAGAGGCAGAAUCUCCAGACAGUUCAAAGUCCAGUAAGGAAGAAUGCAAUGUCUCUGCCUUCAAGAACAGUAUGUCACACCAAAACUGCUCCUGGAAAAAUUGAAAAGGUGCGGACUCCAUCAGGAGAGAGCAGUGCUCUACAGGCGGAAUCUUUAUUUGAAGAUGCUUCAGGGAACCAGCGUCCCAAGACUCUGAUGCAAACACUAAUGCAAGAUUAUGAAUCACACAAAAUGAAGAGACGAGAUACCUUGGAUGACAACAGUUACACCCAUAAGCUUAUUUCUCAAAAGGUCACUUCCGAGGUUCUGGAAGCCACACGAGUGGGUCGACGGAAGAGUGCGAUGGCACUGAAAUGGGAGGCAGGGAUCUAUGCAAAUCGAGAAGAUGAUGAAUAAUUUUCUAUGUUCAGCAAUCAAACAUGGCAAGAAACCAAAAUUUCACUUAUGUAUUUAUUGAAGAAACACAAAUAAUUUUACUUAUAGAAGCAAUAGCCACCAGUUAGAAAACAAGCAGAGAAAUGUGCAAGCUUCAUUUUGCUACAAGGAUCAUAGCAGAAUUCUGACUAACAGAAAAGAUGUGGGGCAAUCACUGGUGUUCAUAAUAACAGGAAUAAUGUAAAAAGUCAAGCUGAGCUUCUAAGAAAAAAUAAUAAACAUAUGCAAGAUGGGAUUGGAUUUGGGUGCUAAAUUCCAUGGCAACAGCACAUGUAUUUGUAUUGCCUGCUGCAUAUUACAGUACACGAUUCUGAGCUCACAGUAUAAAAAUAAUAAUCAUGGAUUCGCUGAAACAACCUACAGUAUUAUAAUGAUGUUCAUCAGUGUAACUGCUGAUUACAGGAACAAGUUUUCUGUAUGCUAACUUUGUAGUUUUUCCUGAGAGUUUCUACGAACUAUUGAAGAAAUACUGCUGUCACAUAAUUUAUUGACUGCUCCUUUUAGUGCCGCAGUUAAAGAAAAAAAGAGCUACAGUCCACAUUGUGUUAAGUGCACUAUCUGCGUAUUUACUUUGCAGCUUUUUACAAUCAUUUGGCCCUGACUAAGCAGGAAGUACAAGAAAGCAUGAAUUAAAUAUGCUUCUGGGUACAGACUAGGUAACAGGGUUGUUUGCGAUAAUAGGGCCAGACACACCGGAUACUUGCAGAAGUGCAAUUAAUAAACUUAGCUUAAGCUCCAUAGCACCAUUAUGAAAAUGUGAUAAUAGGCUUUUUUAUGCAAAUUGUAUGGGGCUGGUAAAACAUAACAAUUCAGUCUUCCAUUGUGCAACAGAGGAGACAAUGAUGAAUUUGUAAGCCAGCGUUUAUUUUGUGUGGAUUUGAGGCAGAGCAUGUUGUGGAAUGGCUAGAAGGCUGGAGACGAAUGCAAAAAUAGAUUAAAAAAAAAUCAUUCGAUGGAAAUUUUGUCCUGCAGGAAACAAGUCUGUUCUUUUGGUCGAGUGAGAAAUAGACAAGGGACUAAAUAAGGAAGGAAAAAAUGUCAGUAUUUACACGUUAAAGUCUGCAGUGCGGAUAAGACUGAACUUUGAAAAGUACAGAGACCUCAGAAAAAUCAGACAGCCUGGCAAAAAGCUAGACAUUUAGUAGAACUGAAGGUGGUACACAAUGUGUGAUUACAUUUUUAUAUUUCUUAUUUUCACAGAUUGUAUGUGCACUCAGCAUUGCACUGACAUGUUAGUAGUAAAGGGAUGUAUAAGGCACUGCACUGAAUGUCACGAGUGUAUGAAGUAUAUGUAUAGCAACAUUCCUACGAGUGCAUCCUGGCAGCAACAUGACUCACAGAGAAGAGAUCAGUGCAACAAUUUCAGAAGCUGACAUUUCAGUACAGUUUUUAUAUUUAUUCUUAAGCUUGUUUUGUUAAGUAUGCAUAGUAUAGAGGAUUGCCAAUUUUAUUGUAUUUUCCAUUAAAGCAAUACAAUGAAAGUAUUUUACUAGUAAGAGCCAUAUUUUCCAUAUUACCACUGUUGUGUGAUGAGGGCUAAAAUGCCUGCAAAUAUUCAGGCUGUCACAUUACACAAGCUAAAUAUUGAACCUUACAGGGUAAACUGAUGUAUAAUUUUUCAGUAGUACACCUACCCCACUUUUUGUGUGUAUUUGUGUAACAACCUUACAAAACAUAAGAAACUUAUUCUUUUGAAAGUUCUAGAAAUCACUAGGACCAGUGCAGUUUCUUUAUCUGGUUGUUAAUAUGACACUUCUCACAUUUAAGAAAACAAAUAUAUGAAAAGACGCCCCAAAUGUCCCAUCAUUAGUGAACAUUUUAUAGCUCUUUCAAAAAUAAACAUUAUAAUCAUUAAGUCACAGAAUUAUAGUUCAUGUUACCUGUUGAAUAAUUCAUUAAAGUUAUUUUUUAUAGUGAAUGCACCUGUUUAUGUUUUUUUGAUUAAACUGGCCCCAAAACUCAACAAUUUUAGUAGCUAGUAGUUUGCAGUGUGGGUCAUUUCAUGGGACUACUGGAUGGCUGCAUUAAAAUCUUGUGUUCAUUUUGUUCUUUUAACCUGUGUAUUUACGUGCCACUGGUGAUAGCUAGCUGAACAGACAGCGGACAACUUCCAUUUUCAUUACUUACAGAGAGCAGAAAAAGAUGUGUAACCUGAACAGGUGUUGUGCAGUUAGAUUACUUUCGGCAAUACAUCUGCUCAGUAUAAAAUAUUCAGUACAGAUGGAUGCUGAUGUGGCAUUUUCAUUUCCUGCACAUCAUAAAGCAUUGUAUCACUCUGGCUUGGAGCAGCACUGUCAUUCUCUGUUCAUAUUGUAUUCCGUUUUAACUUUUCUCAGCCUUCAGUCUACAUGUUAGGAAAGUGGAACUUUUCAUGAGAAAAGUGAAAUGUGAUUUGUUGCCUGAGCUCAUCAACUGUGAAAACAACUUCUAUGGUAUUGUAAAAGUUAUUGUUGUGUAUUCAGAGUCCUUAGUACAUGAUUUGGUCAAAAACUGAAAAACAAAAUGACUGUUUUAUUUUGUUAACACAAUAUGCAUUUUGCUCUCAGUAUUCUUAGUAUUAUAUAAAAGCGUUCUUCAGAAGCUGUAAUGUUUACUACAACCAUGAUUUAUUCUAUGCAGGUGAAGGGAGGGGUAAUAAAAACAAUGCAGUGAAAUAUGCUUUAGUAAACCAACA